AUGUCAUUGAGCAAAGACUCGACAAAGAUAUUGAUAACGGGGACGUCCUCGAAUCUUGGUUUCAACAUUGCUAUUCGUAUGUUGGAGCAACUACCUAAUGACAAGGAAAUAACGUUGAUAGUUACAUCACGAACAUUACCAAAAGUGAAGGAGCUGAUUAAUGAUAUCAAAAAGUAUAUUGGUGAGCACAUUUUUGCCAAGGUUAAGCUAGUUGAAUUUGACUAUAUAUUGGUUGACUUCACCGACAUGAUCUCUAUCUUGUCUGCCUACUAUGAAUUGAACAAGAGAUAUGUCCAUAUCGACUAUUUGUUUGUUAAUGCUGCACAAGGAGUCUAUGGAGGUAUCGAUUGGAAUGCCGCGAUUUUCGAGGUGGUUAAAAAUCCAAUAGAAGCAGUAACGAACCCUACCUAUAAGCUUCAGAGAACAGGCGUACAAUCUAAUGACAAUUUGGGGUUGGUAUUCCAAGCAAAUGUGUUUGGUCCAUACUAUUUUAUUCACAAAAUAAAGCAUUUGUUGGCUAAUGGAGGGAAAAUAGUCUGGAUCAGCUCCUUGAUGUCUCAGCAAAAAUAUUUAUCAUUUAACGAUUUGCAAUUGCUCAGAUCUCCCGAGUCUUAUGAGGGUUCUAAAAGGUUGGUUGAUUUGUUACAUUUUGCAACUUUCAACAAGUUGAAAAAGGAGAAUAAUAUCAACCAAUAUUUGGUGCACCCGGGGAUUUUUACUAGUUUUUCAUUUUUUGAGUACUUGAACUUUUUCACCUACUAUGGAAUGCUUGUGUUAUUUUAUCUUGCGAGAUGGAUGGGAUCUCGCUACCACAAUAUCUCUGGUUAUAUAGCUGCAAAUGCUCCUGUAGCUGCAGCAAUGGGGAAAACUAAACAAAGCUUAAAGGUGGGCUCUGCUUGUGGCAGAACCGGUAGAGAGUAUUUGGUUUAUGAGGAGGUUGAUACUACUGGUAUGCAUGAUGUGCUUGAUUACAUAGACUCGUUAACCAAAGAAUGGGAUGAGAAACUCAAAGAUCAAAUUACAAACUCUAGGCAACCUUGA